UUCGAGUUCACGUGGCGCGGUCAUUUAAUUUUUUUAUUUAAUAUUAUAAAUUUAUAAAAAAAAAAAAGAUUUUCAAAGAACGAAAACGACAUGAUUUAGAGUUAAGAUUAGCAGCAUGAUUGCAGCAGAGUACAACCUUGACUUUCUUCAAAAAUUCCAACAGAAACAUCUGAUACUUCAUCUUUGUUUCUAAUAUCAAGUCGGACAAGUACACACAAAUUUUGUAGAAGCAGAGAAGCAAGAACACAGUGUGCGCUCGGUGAUGGAGAAUAGAGGCGCAGAGGCUGUGGAAGAGCAAGAGAGUAAGAAAUUAGAGAUGGAUUUGGAGGGAAGAAAUGAUCUGAGCAAUCAGAAGAAGAAAAGGUACUCGUGGAUCCCGAGAUUUGCGUGUGCCAGAUUAGACGACGGCGAUGUUGCGGUGGCGGAGAAGCCGGAUGCCAGAGGUUUCGACGUUUCUAAUAGGAAGGAUCAAUCGGCGACGCAUCUGAUUCUUAUGGUCAAUGGAAUUAUUGGAAGUGCUCAAAACUGGAGAUAUGCAGCGAAGCAAUUUGUGAAGGCUUAUCCUAGUGAAGUUGUUGUGCAUUGCAGUGACUCUAAUUCUUCAUUGUUAACACUGGAUGGAGUUGACGUUAUGGGGAAGAGAUUAGCUGAUGAGGUGAUUUCUGUUGUAAGUCGUCAUUCAAAUCUUGAGAAGAUUUCUUUUGUGGGUCACUCCCUCGGUGGCUUGGUAGCAAGGUAUGCUAUUGCUGUGCUUUAUCAAAAAGAUUUGACAAGAAAAGAUUCUGACGAAAAUGGCGAAUGUGGAGGAGAUGAGCUUGUCAAAUCCCCUUUAGAAGAGAAAACGAGAGGGAAAAUAGCUGGACUUGAACCUAUGAAUUUCAUUACCAUUGCAACACCUCAUCUUGGGGCUAGAGGUCACAGACAGAUCCCGGUGCUUUGCGGUUUUCGCAGCUUAGAGAAAGCAGCGUUGCAUGCUUCGGGUGUACUGCGCAGGACAGGGAAGCACUUAUUCUUGAGGGACGACAACAAUGAAAAACCUCCUCUUCUGCUUCAGAUGACCGAAGAUUCUGAUGAGCUUAAGUUCAUAUCGGCAUUGCAGUCAUUUACGAGGCGUGUGGCCUAUGCAAACAUCAGCUUUGAUCAUAUAGUUGGUUGGAGCUCAUCAUCACUGCGUCGCCUCAACGAGCUCCCAAAGCGCCGGAAUCUUGUCAAAAUUGCCAAGUAUAAAUACAUUUUUGCUGAAGACACAUCAAAAACUGCCGAUAUUCGUGAAACCAAGGUCUCCAGAGGGAGGAUAAGUGAAAUGGAAGAGGCAAUGAUCGGAGGGCUAACAAGGCUCAGCUGGGAGCGCGUGGAUGUUGAUUUCAGUACGAGUAUACAAGGUCCUCUCGCUCACACAACGAUCCAGGUUAAGACUUACUGCAUCAACUCCCAUGGAGCCAACGUGAUACAACAUAUGAUUGAUAACUUCCAACUAUAACGACUAUUAAUGUUGUUCAAAAGGUAAUCUGUAGUGUGAUAAUCAAAUUUAAUUUAUCGUUUUGGAAGACCAUCUAAAAUUGCUCAAGGUUCUUCCUUGUUUAAAGUUGAGAGGCAUAAAUAGUAUCUAAUUCAUAGUCAAAAUAUUCCUUAAUCACUAUGGACAUCUCUACAUAUAGGUAGUUUAGGUACUAGUUAUUCAUAAAUUGUAAAAAUAUAUCCAUAAAAGGUAUGGAAACAUUAUUUCAAAGGAUUUGGUGUAAGAGCUUUGGAAUUGUAUUUGCAAAUCCGAAAUUUCAUCAA